AUGAGCAGUUCCUCUGGCAGAUCGGGGGGCUAUGUCGACCCUGACUUCCCAAAUCCAGGGGGAAAAUGGGACACUCCCGUCAUCAUCUACGGCUACACCCCCAAGUUGUCUAUCGCCCUUUUCGCCGCCAUCUGGUUUUUGCUCCUAUUCAUCGUUCAUCUCGCCCAAUGCAUCCGCCACCGUAGCUGGUGGUUCAUCACCUUCCCUGUCGGUCUGGUGUUCGAGAUCGUCGGCUAUGUCGCCCGCUCACUGUCUGCCAAAGUGUCUCCCUACAACCUCAUAUACUUCAUCCUCCAGUACUUCUUCAUCGUCACAGCCCCGGUCUUCCUCGCCGCAGGUAUCUACACCAUUCUCUCCGCUCUAAUAUCUCGACUCGUCCGCCAAUACUCGUUCCUCCCGCCCAAGUUCAUCCUCUGGUUCUUCAUCACCUCCGAUGUCAUUGCAACCAUCACCCAGAUCGCAGGCGCCGCCCUCAUAGGUGUCAGCCAGACCAAGAGAAAAGACCCGACAACUGCCAAUAACAUUCUCCUCGGAGGUCUCGCAUAUCAGGUGUUCUCCAUGGGCGUGUUCGUCCUCAUGACCGCGACAUUCCUCUUCCGCGCGCGGAGGGCCAUCAGCGCUGCUGGGCUCACCACUUUCAGCUUGGUGUUCGCCGUUGCGGCCGUGCUCAUCUAUCUCAGAACCUGCUUUCGACUCGCGGAAACGGCAGAGGGGCUUGGAGGAGCGUUGCUGCGGAACGAGACCUUCUUUGCUUGCUUGGAGUUUGCACCUGUGGCGUUGGCAGUGUUUCUAUAUGCUAUUUGGCAUCCAGGAAGGUGUCUCGGGUCUCGCGUGAGGGCUGAGAGCGAAGUCAAGAUUAAGGAAAGGACAACUGCUGUGCCCUUUUGA